GAGUCGUGGGACCGCCCCACUCUCCCACAGAUAUAAAUAGGAGCUGGAUUUUUUUACUCCACUCAGUUCUCCUGAAGGAUGAGAUCCCUGAAACACCUCAAACAUCACACCAGGAACAAUGUGGAGGAGGAGAGUGGCCGUCUGGUGCGGUGCUACCCCAAGGUGAUGGAAGGCCAGGUGGAUGCAGGAACACAGACAGAACCCGUGGUGGUGCUGUCUCUAGCCCAGGCUGCUGUCCUGGGCCUCAUCUCCCAGAAUGAGAUCUUUGGAGCCACCAUCGCCCCCAAUGGCUUCUACAUGGGCGAGCCCAGGGAGUAUGGCAGGACCCCUCCUCCUCCAGAGGGCAUGGAGUAUGAGUACGCUGACCAGCUGAUUGGGGCCAACGGGGACUACCUGGCUGAGCCUGUAGGUGAUUCGGAGCCCCACAGGAAUGAGAGGAGGCGCCCCGGGCCCAGAGGGAGAACCAGGGGGCCCAGGAAUGAAGGAGGAGCGCCAGGGGAGCAUCACAAAGUCCCCAGCGUACAGACUCAGGUCAAAGGGGAGAGGGGAGAGUCUGAAACCCCUCCGUCCUGCAUCCAUAUGGCAAAGAGCCCUAGCAGCCCAGGCAAGAUGGAGGAGCCAGCCACUCACAGAGGGCCUCUGAAGGAGGAGCAGAGCUGUGGUAACUGUGCUGUGUGUGUGAAAGAGACGUCCAGUCAGACCAAGACAGACACUCGGCCAGAGGAGAGGAGAGGGAGAGGAGGAGAGGGGCAAGAAGAGGAGUUAGCUGAGGAGGACGGAGUGUUGAACCUCAAGACUGGAGGAGAUAGGGGAGACAGUCCCAAUCCCAUCAUGAACCACUACUUUGAGUCCAGCGAGGUGGCCUAUGAGUCUGCUGACGUGGCCGGGGGGGACUAUGACGAGAGCAGCCAGGGCAUGCUGUGGGCUGCAGACGCCGAGGGGAUAGCCAGGCGCAUGCAGAUCGACCGGCUGGACAUCAACGUCCAGAUAGAUGAGUCCUACUGCGUGGAUGUGGGAGAGGGCCUGAAGAGAUGGAAGUGCCGCAUGUGUGAGAAGUCUUAUACCUCCAAGUACAACCUGGUCACCCACAUCCUGGGCCACAACGGCAUCAAGCCCCACGAGUGCCUGCACUGUGGCAAGCUGUUCAAGCAGCCCAGCCACCUCCAGACCCACCUGCUCACCCACCAGGGCACCCGGCCACACAAGUGCACCGUGUGUAAGAAGGCCUUCACCCAGACCAGCCACCUGAAGAGGCACAUGCUGCAGCACUCCGACAUCAAGCCUUACAGUUGCCGCUUCUGUGGGCGAGGCUUCGCCUAUCCCAGUGAGCUCCGGUCCCACGAGAACAAGCAUGAGAAUGGCCACUGCCACUUGUGUUCCCAGUGUGGUAUGGAGUUCCCCACCCACGCCCACCUGAAGCGCCACCAGACCAGCCACCAGGGCCCCACCACUUACCAGUGUACCGAGUGCAACAAGUCCUUUGCCUACCGCAGCCAGCUGCAGAACCACCUCAUGAAGCACCAGAACGUAAGGCCCUACGUAUGCCCCGAGUGUGGCAUGGAGUUUGUCCAGAUCCAUCACCUCAAGCAGCAUGCCCUCACUCAUAAGGUACUAAUACCGCAAGCCUUCGCUGACCAGGGUAUGAAAGAAUUCAAAUGUGAGGUGUGUGCCCGGGAGUUCACCCUCUCUGCUAACCUCAAGAGACACAUGCUGAUCCACGCCAGCAUCAGGCCCUUCCAGUGUCACGUCUGCUUCAAGACCUUCAUCCAGAAACAGACCCUCAAAACACACAUGAUCGUCCACCUGCCUGUCAAACCUUUCAAGUGCAAGGUGUGUGGCAAAUCUUUCAACAGAAUGUACAACCUCCUGGGCCACAUGCACCUCCACGCUGGCAGCAAGCCCUUCAAGUGUCCUUACUGCUCCAGCAAGUUCAACCUGAAGGGCAAUCUGAGCCGACACAUGAAGGUCAAACACGGCGUCCUGGAUGCUUCACCAGACGGACGAGAAGCCCCCCCUGACAUAGAGAACCAGGAGGACUACAAUGAAGAGAACCUUGAAUUCAGCGAACGAGAGAACCUGGCCAGUAUCAACACACCAGACAUCGCUAAACUGUCUGAAUUGGAGUAUUAUAGCAGCUACACCAAGGGUGCAGGGCGCUACAACACAGCAUGAAUGAUGACAAAAGACCCCAUAUUGAGUAGAAGUGUAAACUAAAAGGGAGGUAGUGCCGCUAGCAGUUUAAAGUGGUGGAAUCUGCCCAUUCAUAUGCACUGGAAUCUCUGUUUUCUUGCUCUGAUAUUCAUUGGGAGUGAGAGAGGUCAUUUGGGAUUGUACAUUUCUCAUCGGCAUCUUGUUUUGUAUUGAAACGUGACUUCACCUCUAGGUGCCACAAUAUUGUGAUUGAUGUGUUCACGUGAAAAAGGUCAUAUCUGAAAAUAAAUAAUCUAACCUCCUGGGAGAGUCCUACUCAACAUACAUCCCCAGGGGUAGCCUAACUCUGUAAGCACUUUUUAGGGAAACAAAUAUGUGAUAGUGAAAUGCACUUACUCAGACAAUCCCCAGCAAGUGUGCGGAUAAGUCAGAAUACAGCUGAGUAUUAUUGCUUUUACUAACAUGUCUAGAAAUGCAUACAGGCCUGUCAAAUGUGUUCUGUUCAUGUCCCUUACCAAAGCUGAUACCAUUCAACAGUUCAUGUGAACCAACCAUUUAUUUUUUUCUACUUCCCAGGUUAACAUUUUAUACUGUGAGUAGUUUCAACUACAGUUCUAGGAUUUUAAUUUCAUUGUUAUAUUUGCAAUGUGCAGAAAUAAAUCGUUCGCCCAG